AUGGCGUUGCGCGAUCUCGUGGCCACCAGUGGCCUAGCCACCUACGGCUUGUCCCAUCCGCUCGAGGCUUGUUCGAGCUUCGGACCGACCCUGAACGAAGCUACUCUAGGCCUGCUGGGCUCCUCCUUCAAACCCGAGCGCGACAUCCCUAGCUUGGAGGGCAAGGUCAUUCUGGUCACCGGAGGCAAUGUCGGCCUCGGCAAAGAAACCGUCCUACAACUAGCCAAACACCACCCGGCGCGCAUUUACCUCGCUGCGCGCACCGAGAGCAAAGCCCGCGCUCUCGACCUAUGCUCUUUCAAAUCCAUCCGGGCUGCGGCAGCCCAAUUUCAGUCGGAUAACGAUCGCCUCGAUCUCCUGGUCCUCAAUGCGGGGGUAAUGGCCGCCCCGCCCGUCACCACCGAAGAUGGAUUUGAGAUCCAGCUGGGGACCAAUCACAUCGGCCACUUCCUGCUUACGAAGCUGCUGCUCCCUACGCUCCAGCAAACUAUUACCCAGGCACGGGCCGCCGGGACAACCCCCGACGUCCGCGUGGUGACCGUCUCCUCGGCGGGACAUUCGUUGUGCCCGAGGUCCUUUGAGGGGAUGACGGAUACGCAGUCGCUCCUGGGUAUCAGCACAUGGAAUCGGUAUGGCGCGUCCAAGGCUGCUAAUAUCUUUUUCGCAAGAGAGCUCGCGAGGCGGUAUCCCGAGCUAACCUCAGUUGCUGUCCACCCCGGUGCCGUCUCCAGCAAUCUCUACGAACAGACCAUAUCUAAGAGCAUCUUCAUGAAAUAUACUUUCGCCGCAGCGAUGCUUUUCUUCCGUGGCGUCCCCAGUGGCACGUUGAAUACUCUGUGGGCUUCUGCCACACCACUCACCAAUCUGGUUAACGGUGCUUAUUAUAGUCCUGUUGGCUUCCUGUGUAAAGGGACGUCGUGGGUUCAGAACACUGAGAUUGACCAGAAGCUCUGGGACUGGACCGAGGCUCAAAUUGCCGAGCGAAGCUAA